CCAAAACUAGAAGAAGCGCUUAGUUUGUGGAUUGAUAAUGCACUUGCAAUAGAUCAAGAUAUUGAUGGAUGGUUAAAUGGUUUUAAAAAAAGAAAUUGUCUUCGAUCAUUUAAAAAAUAUGAUGAAUCAGCUAGUGCGGCAUCAAAAGAAUCACUAGCUAAUGAUUAUAUUAAAUUGCAACAACUUCUUCAAGAAAAAGAAAUGCAAAUUGAUUUUAAUCAGAAUGAUAUUAAUGAUAUAUUAAAAAAUAAAGAAGAAGAUCUUGAAAAUUUAAUUGCUCAACUUCCAGAAAAUGAUUUUCUAAAUACCUAUGAAUAUAUUUGUAUUGAAAAUACUGAAAUUGAAGGCAAUCUCACUGAUGAAGAUAUUUUGAAAGCAAUAGCUGAUAAAAAUGAUGAUGAAACUAAACAAUCUAAUAGUGAAAUAAGAGAAAAAGUAAGUUGUACUAAAGCAGAAAUAGCACUUGAUACAAUUCUAAGGUUUUUAUAUAUACAAGAUAAAGAAUUUGGUGAAGUUGAAGAAAAUAUGAAAAUUUUAAGAAG